AUGCUGUGCACUGACCCUGUGGAAAGAGCUCAGGGUGAGAGAAGUGGUCGGGAACUGGGAAUGGGAGGGCUACUUCAGGUGCUGAGCACAGAAAAGCAGGGAGCUCGGGCUCGGCGGGUCCCCCUCACCCCCGAGGGGCAGGGCGCGGUGGGUCACCGCAGCCGAGCGAUUCCAACUUGGCCUCGGCGGCGGCGAGGACCGCGGAACUUGGCCGCGCCGGCGCCCCCGGCUGCUCGCCCGCCCGCCCGCCCGCCGAGCGCCGCCCCGACUUCCCGCCCAGCUAGCCGCGGCGGCCGCCGCCCAGCCCCGCGCGGGUCCGAGUCCCGCCGCCGCCGCCGCCGCCGCCGCCGCGUGCCGUGGGGGAGGGGCCGCGCCACCUCCGCCCGACGGGUCGGGAGAACAAAGCGGCGGCGGCGGCGGUGGCGGCGGUGGCGGCGGCGCGAACUUUUUCUCCGCGUCUGCUCCGCGCUCCCUCGGGCGACUACUUACAGAGGCGGGCUUCGGAGGAAAGUCCGCGCGCGCCGGCGCCCGUCCGCGUCCGCAUCCGCGUCCGCCCGCGUCCCGGAGCAGGAGCCCGCAGCGAGGCUUGCACGGACCUCGCACGAUCCCGCCCGCCCGCUCGCUCGCUUGCUCGCUCACCCGCCCGCCCGCCCGCGCCCCUUCCUCCCGCCCGCGCCCCUCCCUCCCUCCCCGUCCCGUCUCCAGGCCGGAGGGCGGGGGGCCGGGGCGCGCGGGCGGGGGCGCGCGGCCCGCGCGGGGCCUGCCGGGAGCUGUAGUUUCCCCCCACUACCCCGCCGCCGCCGCCGCCGCCGCCGCUGCGCGCUGCGGAGGGUCCGGCUCCCCCGGGGGAAGGGAGAGAGAGAGAGAGAGAGGAGAGGGGGUUUGGGGAGGGAGCGCAGAGGCUCGGCGCCCCUGGGAAGUCCGACCUCCUCCUCCAGCUCCCGCGCCGGGGACCGUCGAGCGCGGGUCCCGGAGCGUCUGGAGGGAGGAACGCGCGGGACUCGAACUCCGCUUUGCUAUCCGCUAGGCAGGCGAUGGCGGUCGGGGGCGCGCGAGAGAGUUGGGGCGCGCGUGGGUGGGUGGGGGGAACCACCUGAAACGCGGUGUCCCGGCGUGGAGGACCGUGUCUGUGCUGUCUCACUCCUCCUCCAAAGUUCUCCCUCCGGCGUUGCUCCCCGGUGGCCGCGGUCACCCCGCACAGCGAGCGGACGUAGCCAGAGCCCUUCACCUGCGGCACAGUAAAACUGGAGACGCUGCUUGCACGUGCCUUGCGUUUCCUCUUGAUCGCCUUGCAAUUAAAAGCGAGAGCGUGUGGCCCUGGCUACCAAAAAAAAAGUUCCAGUCGGCAGUCAUGCAACCGAGGCUUCCACCUGCGCUGCGUGGAAAUGAAUGCAGGGGAUAGAAGUGGAGCCCGAACCGGCAUGCUGACACCCACAAGGUCACCAAUGAGCUAAACCAUUGGCUGUGCUACUAGCUACA